AUGCCGUCCGGGCUUCCAACCGCGCCCGAUACGCAGAUCGGUUUUCAGCCACCUCCUUCCAAGGCACCUUCCUUCCGCAAGCCCGUGGAGGGACCUGGUGUUCCUUUCAAUGACGAAACCCCUGUCAUUUUCAACCCCAUUAUCAUCGUGCUCAUCGGUUACCUCGAGAAGGCCAAGCCUGGAGCCGUUGAUGAGGCUGUGGCCGCGGCUUACAAGAAGUUUCCAAACUUCAUGAACGAGCUGCACAUCAAGGACACUCCCUCUUUCCUGGAGUUUGCCAACGAUCUGCUCAAAUGGAUUCCUCAUGAGAACUUUGCGGGCAAGGACAUUUAUGGUGUCCUCUGCAUGUUCUAUAUUAUCCUGGACCAACCCUCUCUUCAAGAGUUCCAAACACCCGUCCACCCCAGCCAAAUUGGUCAACCACUGUCCUGGCUUUCCUCGUGGAUUGUCGUCUUUGCCCAACUCAUCGGCCUUUUCAUGGACACACCGGCAUCUCUCACUCCCGAGUCCUUGCAGUCCUUCAAGGAUUCACCUCUCUACGACUUCGAUGAGGCGGAGGAGCCUAAGGGAGGCUUCCGCACUUUCAAUGAGAUGUUUUCUCGUCGCUUGAAGCCCGGUCGUCGCCCAAUCGACUCUCCCAAAGACCAUUCUGUCAUUGUCUAUCCCGCAGACUGCACCUACGAUAACUCGCUGGCCAAUCACACCAUCGUGAACGUUGAGUCAGGAGGACUAGUAUACAUCAAGAGCCUUCCCUGGACAAUCCACGCUCUGCUCCAGGGUAGUGAGUAUGCGGAUCAAUUCGACGGUGGCAUUUGGAUGCACGCGUUUCUCAACACGUACAACUAUCACCGCCAACAUGCGCCUGUCUCGGGUACGGUAAUUGAGGCAAAGAACAUCCAGGGUGCUGCCCACCUCGGGGUAGACACUAAUAAGUGCCAAUCUAUCCGUGAGAUGUGCGCGGAUGAUGCCCCCGACUGUCCUGGUUACCAGUUCCUGCAGACAAGGGGCUUGGUAGUCAUUGACAAUCCUGUCCUGGGCAAGGUGGCCGUUCUACCUAUCGGUAUGGCAAUGAUUUCAGGUGUAAAACUUUUUGUCAAAGCAGGUGAUAAGGUAGAGAAGGGACAGGAAAUUUCAACUUUCCUUUUCGGAGGAUCAGACAUCAUCUGCGUAUUCCAGGGGAGGGCCGGCCUGACUGUGGAAGACUUCGUACCUUCGCAAAACAACACAUACGCGAAGAUGGGUACUGUCCUCGCAAGGACCCGACUGCCGACCAGCUAUCAUCAUACUCAGUGCGUGGUUGGCUAG